CUUGCGUCUUCCAUUUAUAUUUUACUCAAGUUUUGGUAUUGUAUAGUAUUUUGUAAGUAAUUACUAGGUGUAAGAACGGGGUACCUUUUACUUAAAAGUGCGUUACUUAGUACCGGCUUGAACAAGAUUUGAAAUAAUAUUAUUAUCAAUGUAAUGAAAACGUUUAAGUUUUGAUGUUUAUGACUAAGGAGCAUUGUCAAAUCAAACAACGCAUUUACAUAACAGUGAAGUUAAACAAAUCACGUGCUUGAUCAAAUCUAGGCAACAAAAAAAAACGUCAUGUCUAAACGACGUCUUGAUAUUAUUGACCCUUACAUCACUAAAAAUAAAAAGGCCGAAGGUCAAGUGUAUAUCAAACCAAGUACAUCAGCUCAGCUGCAAACAAAUCCAUAUACAAGCUUACCAUUUACUCCAAAGUAUUUUGAGCUUCACAAAAAAAGAAUACAGUUACCUGUUUUUGAAUACAAAGAAGAGUUUAUGAGUUUAUUAAAAAACAAUCAAUGUAUUGUAUUAGUUGGUGAAACUGGUUCUGGAAAAACUACUCAAAUUCCUCAAUGGUGUGUGGAGUACUCAUCGACUUGUGGUCGUAAAGGUGUAGCAUGUACUCAACCUAGAAGAGUGGCUGCUAUGUCAGUUGCUCAACGUGUGUCUGAAGAAAUGGAUGUUUGUCUUGGUUCUGAAGUUGGUUACAGUAUACGAUUUGAAGAUUGUUCUUCAGCUAGAACCCUCUUAAAAUAUAUGACUGAUGGUAUGUUGCUACGUGAAGGUAUGUCUGAUCCAAUGUUGGAAACCUAUCAAGUCAUUAUGUUGGAUGAAGCUCAUGAAAGAACCUUAGCAACAGAUAUUUUGAUGGGUGUGCUUAAAGAAGUGAUCAAGCAGCGUAAAGACCUAAAAUUAGUUAUUAUGUCUGCUACAUUGGAUGCUGGAAAAUUUCAACAAUAUUUUGAUAAUGCGCCCCUUAUGAAUGUUCCUGGCCGUACAUUUCCUGUAGAAAUUUUUUACACCCCAGAACCAGAAAGAGAUUAUUUAGAAGCAGCAAUUCGUACUGUUAUUCAAAUCCAUAUGUGUGAAGAAGUCGCCGGCGAUAUUUUACUGUUUCUCACUGGUCAGGAGGAAAUUGAAGAAGCGUGUAAAAGAAUUAAAAAAGAAAUUGACAAUUUGGGACCAGACGUUGGAGAAUUAAAAUGCAUCCCACUGUACUCAACACUUCCACCUAAUCUGCAGCAAAGAAUUUUCGAGUCUGCUCCUCCUAAUAAACCAAAUGGAGCUAUCGGACGGAAAGUGGUAGUUUCUACUAAUAUUGCUGAAACUUCUUUGACUAUUGAUGGAGUGGUAUUUGUCAUAGAUCCUGGUUUUGCCAAACAAAAGGUAUAUAAUCCACGAAUUCGUGUUGAAUCAUUACUUGUAUCUCCAAUAAGUAAAGCGUCCGCUCAACAAAGAGCUGGUCGUGCUGGACGUACAAGAGCAGGAAAAUGUUUCAGACUGUACACAGAAAAGGCAUAUAAAAAUGAAAUGCAGGAAAAUACUUACCCUGAGAUAUUGCGAUCAAAUUUGGGCUCAGUCGUGCUGCAAUUAAAGAAACUUGGUAUUGACGAUUUGGUUCAUUUUGAUUUUAUGGAUCCUCCUGCUCCUGAAACUUUAAUGAGAGCUUUGGAGCUUUUAAACUAUUUAUCUGCUUUGGAUGAUGAUGGUAAUCUCACUGAUUUGGGAAACAUUAUGGCCGAAUUCCCUCUUGAUCCACAAUUAGCCAAGAUGUUAAUCGCUUCUUGUUCACUAAGUUGUUCCAAUGAAAUUCUUUCAAUCACAGCUAUGCUGUCAGUCCCUCAGUGUUUUGUACGACCUUCUGAAGCAAAGAAAGCAUCCGACGACGCAAAAAUGAGAUUUGCUCAUAUAGACGGUGAUCAUCUUACGUUGCUGAACAUCUAUCAUGCAUUCAAACAAAGUAAUGAAGACCCUCAAUGGUGUUACGAUAAUUUUAUAAACUACCGAUCGUUAAAGUCUGCUGAUAAUGUACGGCAACAGCUAUCGAGAAUUAUGGAUCGAUUUAAUUUAAAACGGACGUCCACAGAGUUUACUUCUAAAGAUUAUUACUUGAAUAUUCGCAAAUCACUUACGACUGGGUUCUUUAUGCAAGUUGCACAUUUGGAAAGAACUGGCCAUUAUUUAACUAUUAAAGAUAAUCAAACAGUUCAGUUGCAUCCAUCAACAGUGUUGGGUCACAAGCCAGAAUGGGUCAUUUAUAAUGAGUUUGUACUAACUACCAAAAAUUACAUUAGAACAGUGAGCGAAGUUAAACCGGAAUGGUUAUUGAAGUAUGCACCACAAUAUUAUGAUCUACAGAACUUCCCACAAUGUGAAGCAAAAAGACAAUUGGAAAUAAUUCAAGCGAGGUUGGAUACCAAGCAGUGGCAAGAAGGUUACUAAUAAGCUAGGUAAUAAUAUUAAAAGAUAUUUUCUUCUUGAUUAUUCCAUUGCUUAUUAUAAUUGUUAUAUAUAUAUAUAAUAUGUAGAAUAAUAAUCGAUCUUUGUUUCUUUAUAGUAAAAGAUAAGUUUAAAAAUUCCUCAUGUAAUAGUUGUAAAUUAUUUUUAAAUAAUUUUUUGUCGGUUUGUUUUGUAUAAAUAGCACAUACAGUUAAAUUGUGUAGAACAAAGUUUAACGAAAUAAUAUCACCAAAUAUAAUGUAUAGGUAUUUUUCUUUAUAAAAUGAAUUGA